GGCCCGGGGCCCUGCAUCCUUUCACUGGGGCGGGCCCCAGCCCCUGCCCCUGCCCUUUUCCCUGCUUCUCCGCCCAUCCAAGCCCCAGCCCCUCCUGCCUGCACAGUCACCCUGGCCCUGGUCCGCCUGCACACAGCCCUCUGAGCCCACCAGAGCCAGCACUGGAGGUGAAACAUGACCAGCGUGCAGUCCAGUGAAGGCACCAUCCCUGUGCUGGGACAGAAGCUCUUCUACCGGGAGGCUCGGCCUGGUGGUGGGCAGAACCCUCGUCUCUCUGUGCUCCUACUCCACGGCAUCCGCUUCUCCUCUGAGACUUGGCUUAAGCUGGGCACGCUGGACAAACUGGCCCAGGCUGGCUACCGGGCUGUGGGCAUUGAUCUGCCAGGUCUAGGCCAGUCCAAGGAGGCAUCAGCCCCCACCUCCAUUGGAGAGCCGGCCCCCAGCAGCUUUCUGCAGGCUGUGCUGGAGGCUCUGGAGAUGGGUCCCACUGCUCUGGUCAGCCCAUCUCUGAGUGGAAUGUAUUCAUUGCCCUUCCUCAUAGCACCUAGCUCCCAGCUCCGUGGCUACGUGCCUGUUGCCCCAAUCUGCACAGAUAAAAUCAGCGCCGCUGACUAUGGCCGUGUUAAGACUCCCACUCUGAUUGUGUAUGGGGACCAGGAUCCUAUGGGGGAGUCAAGCCUCAAGGACCUGCAGCAACUACCUAACCACAAGGUGAUGGUGAUGGCGGGUGCGGGACACCCCUGCUACCUGGACAAGCCGGAUGAAUGGCACUCGGGGCUCCUGGAUUUCCUGAAUGGGCUAUCGUAAGGCCUAAGCUAGUCCUGGCCUACCCUGGACCUCAUUCCCUGUUGAUUAAGGGAGGUGGGACUAAGAGCCAAAUCCCUGUCCCAUUUACCCUGCUAUAUUCCCCUGCUUUUCUGGCUGGCCUGCAUGGCUGACCUGACAGCUGUCUGUCCAUCUCUCUACCUGCCUGUCUGUCUGUUCAGAGGGAGCUGUCUGUCUAGCACCUGGUCUCCCUUCCUUCCUGUUUGGGAGCUGGAGGUCUACUUUGGAUUUGUUUGUCUCUGCUUGGUUAUUCGUCAUCUUUCUGGAACCUUCCUCUCUGGUGGAGGUCUGUCUCUCUGUCUGUCUGUCCUGUCUCUCUUUCUCUCCCUCCUCAGAGCUAGAGGUAGAUGAGAAGAAUCAGAAUAAAGAAGACACAAGGAAGGGAUCGGAUCCCAGGAGAGGGUAAUUUAGUAAAUGCAUAUCUCUCAUCACUCCGGCCUUUCCAAGCUCCUUCCCUUUUCCUCCCUCUUUCCUCACGCAUACACCUAGAAGAUUCCAUCUGUAUACACACCCUGGGCAUACAGCUAUACCCAUGUGGCAGCACAUUCUUGGACCCACACGUACGCUUGCCAGUGAGGUCUCCAAGAGCAAAGGAGCUCCCUGGGAUGGAGGGGGACGAUUCUGGGAGUGUGUAGCUCUGGGGUUCAUGAGCCCUGAGGUGGGGGCUCACCUCUCCUUAAAUAACCCCCACAGGAGAAAGGAGGGGAUAGUAAACAGUUGUUGAGAGGGCCAAGCCAAGUCCCUGAUGCCUGUAGUGUCUGCCUCUCGAUGCCCUUGAAUCAUGGCGGGUUGGGAAAGAAACAGAAAUAAAGAAUUCAGACCAUCUA